UAGCCCUAAACUUUGCUGGUGGUUGGAGAAGUUGCUCUUGUAGCCAUCAGCCUAUGCUGAGGUCAACAGUCGAGCUGCGCCACCUUCCACCUGGCUACGUAAAAAUUUAAGCGCAGUUCUAGCUGCUCGCCUCGCUCAUCUGUGACACCCACUCAGCUUGAGUCUUUUCCUGUCAGCAUGGAGGAUUCAUCAGAGCAGUCCCACUGGGUGUCUCCAGCUCUGCUCAGCUCAGAUCCGCUCGCUGGUUUCUCCUCUGAGUCCAGCCUGCUGCCUUCAGUAGAGGAAGGUGAGGCCUUUUUCUCCAGCCAGGACACAGGACUAACCGGCCUGCCUUCUUUCUUCUCGAACCCAAGCCACAGCCGAGCACCAUCCACCUACAGGCACAGCUCGGUUCGACAGGUGUUCACCUCACCGAGCCUCCUCAGUAACCUUCAGCUGCUGGACGGGCCUCCCAGUCACUCCCUGAGCUCACCCUACAACCCCCCAGUCUCCACCUGGAGCGGCAGUCCUCUCAACAAGACCCCGCUGCACUCACACACCCCAACUUCCCUCUACACCCCGGGAGUCACCUCCUCCUUCACCACGUCCAGAGAUGGAUACUCCUCUCCAGGCAGAGAGGGCAGGGAGAGCCCCCGGCUUCAGGAGGCCCUAAAGGCCGAGCGCCUGAGCCCUCUGGGAGUGUCGGGGGCAAGCGGCAGCUUUCUGAACCUGACUCCUGCCGCUGGGAGUGUAUACACACCAUCAUCCCACUCCCACCCACACAUGCUGAGCCCCUACAGCUCAUACAUGAGCGGUCCGCAGGAGUACAGCUCUGCUGCGCUGUACUCCAGCCCCGGUGCUUGGAUCAGUCCCUCAUACUCUCCAAAACUUCGCAACAAGAUGAGGAUAUCCACUCCAGAGGCCAGAGAGUGUGUCAACUGUGGAGCCACAGCUACCCCUUUGUGGCGUCGAGAUGGGACAGGCCACUACCUGUGUAAUGCCUGUGGACUGUACCAUAAGAUGAAUGGCCAAAACAGACCUCUAAUCCGACCCAAGAAAAGACUUAUUGUCAGCAAGCGGGCAGGCACAAUGUGUGCCAACUGUCACACAAGCACAACAACCCUGUGGAGACGCAAUGCCAACGGAGAGCCUGUGUGUAACGCCUGUGGACUCUAUUUUAAGCUGCACAAUGUCAAUCGGCCCCUCACCAUGAAGAAGGACGGCAUUCAAACGCGCAACAGAAAAGUCUCCAACAAGAACAAGAAGAGCAAGAAGGCGGCCAUGUUGGAGCAGUACUCAGAGGUGACGCCAUCCUCUCUGGAUGACAACGGUGGACCCUUUUCCCUCGGCCCCGGGACUCUCCUGACCUACAGCCAUGCCCCACACCUCAUCCCAGCGCCCUCCCCUCUGCACCCCUCUGCUUCCUUACCUUAUACACACCACCUAAACACUGGUAUGGUGCCCACACUCGUGUGAGAUGACAAAACGGGCACCUUCAUAUAUGCACCUGCUUGUUUGCCUCUCGUUUGUGUGGAUUUGUACAUAUAUGUUUCUAGCCUGGAUGUGAAAGGAGUUUUUUGGUUUAUUUUCACUGUAUUUUAUGAGAAAACAACAUUUUGUAGAUACAUAUCUCAGUCAGGCCCCGGUGUGAAGUCAGAUAAAAUCAUACUGCUGGGGUUGCUGCAGAUGCUGCACACUGAUAUGGAAAUUCUUUCAGCUGUAAAUACAAACACAAAUCUGAUUUGAAAAACCAUAUUUGUUCCUCUUUUAUUGUUCGUAAUGUGAAAUUAUAGCUUUGGUGUUGUGUUGUAUGGGUCUGUUUUGUAUUUGCAUAAUUGAUAUUAAAAUAUUGAACUCUGCAGAGAAAAUAAUAAAAGUGUGACU